GAUAUCGAAAAAAGAAAGCAGAUGCCAAAUAACCGUGAAAAAUCACCCACAAAAAUUGAUCACAAUGAUAUCAACUACAAUGAUAUCGACAAUGAUGAUUAUGAGAUCAAUGAAAGUUUGGAUCCUAUUAACAAAACAAAAUCAGAUUCCAAGUUUCUAUCUGUACAAAAGUAUCCUGACGAAUUGAGUCCACCUGAUUUCUGGAAAUUGCCUUCUA